AUGGCACCAAUUGCGUCUUCCUUGAAAAACUUUGAUUACUUGGUGAUUGGCGGUGGUUCUGGCGGCGUGGCCAGUGCCAGACGAGCAGCGAAAUACGGCGCCAAAGUCUUGCUCAUUGAAUCCAACUUUAACAAGUUGGGCGGCACCUGCGUCAAUGUCGGGUGCGUGCCCAAGAAAGUGAUGUGGUAUGCUUCCGAUUUGGCGCACAAGAAGGCAGACUUGUUUGACUAUAAGUUGGACGAGACGAGGGAGCCAAUCAAGUACGGCGAGUUCAAUUGGGGCGAGUUCAAGGUCAAGAGAGACGCGUAUGUGACGAGAUUGAAUGGCAUCUAUGCUAACAACUUGAAAAAAGAGGGCGUUGAUUACCUAUUUGGCUUUGGGAAAUUCAUCAAUUCUCAAGGCGAUGUCGAAGUUAAAUUGAGCGGCGAUCAAGAAAUCCCCUGGUUGGAGCUGGGCAAACAGUAUAAGAAAGGCGAGACUUUGGUUUUCAGUGCUGAUAAGGUCUUGAUUGCCACUGGUGGAACCGCGAUUAUCCCUCCUGAUACCCCAGGUGCCGACUUGGGCAUCACCUCGAAUGGGUUCUUCGACUUGGAACGCCAGCCUAAACGCGUGGCCAUUGUUGGCGCCGGGUACAUUGGCGUGGAGUUCUCGGGUGUCUUCAAUGGAUUGGGCACCCAAGUCGACUUUAUCAUCAGAAGAGACACCGUGUUGCGUGCAUUUGACGACAUUAUUCAAAACACCAUCACUGACCACUAUAUCGAUAACUUGGGCGUCAACAUCAUCAAGAACUCGGGUGUGAAAAAGAUUGAAACCGCCAAAGAUGACCCGCUGAAGAAAAUCGUCACCUUGAUCAAUGACGACACCUUGGUAGUUGACGAUGUCAUCUGGACCGUGGGCAGGAAAUCGCUAGUUGAUUUGGGGUUGGAGCACGUUGGCGUCAAGCUCAACGAAAGAGGCCAAGUUGAAGCUAACGAGUAUCAAGCCACUGCCAACCCCAAGAUCUUCUCCUUGGGUGAUGUUGUCGGCAAAGUCGAAUUGACUCCAGUGGCCAUUGCCGCGGGACGUAAGUUGUCGAAUAGAUUAUUCGGGGGUCCCGAGUUUAAAGAUGCACAUUUGGACUACAACUAUAUCCCCUCGGCGGUGUUUUCGCAUCCCGAGUGUGGAUCCAUUGGGUUAUCUACUCAAGAAGCAAUUGCCAAAUACGGCAAGGACAAUGUCAAGGUUUACAAUUCCAAAUUCACCGCGAUGUACUAUGCCAUGGUUGAGAACCCCAAGCACAAGAGCCCAACCGUUUAUCGUAUCGUGACCCAGGGCCCCGAUGAAAAAGUGGUUGGUUUGCAUUUGGUUGGUGAUGGCAGUGCUGAGAUCUUGCAAGGGUUCGGCGUGGCUAUCAAGAUGGGUGCUACAAAGGCAGAUUUCGAUAAUUGCGUAGCUAUCCAUCCUUCUUCGGCUGAAGAAUUGGUCACCAUGACCUAG